AGAAUAUUAUUGAAUUACUGAAGAUGGCCAGAUUGUGGCCGAAACGGUUUCAGCUGAAUCUAUAUCGAAAAAACUCUCCAUAAUAUGGUCCAAUAAAAUUAAAGUAUUCGAUGCGAAUCUGUGUUGAAAUACAGUAAUGAUAAAAAUUUAAUAAACUGUUAUGGGUUUUAAUAUAUGAUCAAUAUAAGAAUCUUCCUGGCAAAGAAAGUCCUACAAAAUUCUACAAAAAAAAAAAUGUUAUACUACAGAAAACUUAACUGGCAAAGUCUAUGAAACUCUACAUGAAUUCGAGAAAUGCUACAAAAAUUUAUAUAAAAAUGCUUGGAAAAUAAAACCUUAACAUUCACCUUAGCAUUCACCGUAUCUGGAUAAAUGUUUAUCCUGCUAUCAAAUAAUCUUGGAGAUAACGUCAUUUAGCAAAAACAAAAAAUGACUUCGGAAAGACAAGAUCGCUAUAUUAAACAUAAGGCAUUAAAUAUCAAGUUCGUUCGCACUGUUACGUUACUGUUGGAGUAAGUUGCACAAUCGUUCGUAAGCAAGGUUACACAAUAUUACGUCAUUUUCAUAACGUUCCAAGAAAUACGACACGAGGUGUCUCGUGCUUCGGAACAAUUCGUUCCUCUGUGAUGACCGAUGUCGCGCGAGCACAAGUUGGUGAGCCGUAUAUAACGAAGGGCCUUUACUAUUGCGAUCAGUGAAGUAAUACACUUCAAGUGUGUGAUGAUGGAGAAUAAAACGUUCACCGUUGUCCGAUCUCCUGAAGACACGUCAAAACAGUAUCAAGCUUAUCUGAGAAAGUAUGAAAACGAUGACAAGUUGGUGAUUCUACAGGCCGUGGACAGGCCAGGGUCAAAUCCUGGCGAUAAUUAUAUGUCGAUGUUGAUCAGAACGAAACUUGUUGGUACUCGCGGAGACGGAAGUCCAUAUGCCAAGACUUUUAUGACGAAGAUGAUUAUUAGAGAGAAGAAAAUCUUCACAUUACUGGAUAUUUCCGAUUUAUUUUGUACUGAGGCAGAUGCGUAUACAAAAAUAUUGCCCAUGCUUGGAUCUUUUGGUCCUUCAUGUAUAUAUGCUGAUCAGAAUAUUAUAAUAAUGGAAGAUUUGGCAGAAAAAGGAUAUGGCACCUGCGAAAGGCGCAACUUUCUGGACUUAGAUCAUUCUGUCUUCGCUUUAAAGAGACUUGCCAAGCUACACGCGUCGGGUCUGUCUAUAAAAAUCAAUAAUCCGCAGCAGUUUGACAAGUUCAGUGAGCAUCUGAAAGAAUUAAUAUACAAGGACAAUUCCGAUACAUCGGUAAUGAGGUCGUGUACCGAAAUGUGUGUGAGAUCGAUAAUACAAUAUUUAGAUAUGAUAAAGCCACAAACGCAAGAAUUACAGACUAUUAGAGAUUAUUUUGCCUGCCUCAAUAAAACUUAUGACGUGUUGCGUCAACUGUUUAUGUCAUCGAAACAAAAAUACGAUACGAUCUGCCACGGUGAUCCGUGGAUCAAUAAUUUGCUUUUCCUGCAUGACAAUGACGGCAAAAUAAUCGAUCUAAAAAUGGUAGAUUAUCAGAUACUCAGGUACACCUCGUUAUCCACGGACGUCCUUUACUUCAUAUAUAGCAGCGUGCAAUCGUCACUAAUUGAGAAGAGUUUCGAGAGUCUCAUCAAGAUCUAUCAUAAUGAGUUCAUCAAUGAACUCUGUCGAUUGCAUGUAGAUGAGAAGAUUCUAGCGGAGCUCGGAAUCGAGUGGCUGGAGACGGAGUUGCGAACUUACGCGCUUUACGGAGUACUCGUUGGAUGCUUUUUGACAAAUCCGAUUUUGGCGGAGGAAAAGGACGUUCAGCAAUUUGAAACGAUUGAUUUCGGCCCGAUGAAUCCUAUGUAUCAAGGCGAUAUCAAUUCAGAGAUGAGUCAGAAGAAGAUCGAUCGUAUCAAACGUAUCACGUUUCAUUAUCACAGAAGAUUUAAUUUGGGACAUGAAGAUAAGUGGUAUAAUUUACAUUGACUCUAAGUUGCGUAAAUCGUUUCCUAACAAAGCCGUUGAGUAACGAUGUUCUAAACGGUGAUUUGUGCAAACGGCGUUUUUCUCACAACACAAUUUCGUCGAACUCGUGCCGAAAUCUAUCCGCGACGCCCGUCUGUUUCAUCGCUGCGGUAUUAUUCCAUUAUUUCAAAGCGAUAUUCUACUGUGAUUAUUGUUACCGACGAGACCGCAUUACGGACAUUUCAGAGUGAAGUAAUCCCUGAUGUUUAUUAGCCUCAUUAUUUUAUAUUACGCGAAUGAAGCGUAAGUUAAUAAUACUCAUUUCAAUAUUACUAACUCAAGCUACUUGAAAGGUCAUAAAAAUAUCA